UCAUUGAAUUACAAAUAACCUUGUAAUUUGUAAAUACUCCAAAUAUAUGAAAUAGAAAACAAAGCACAGAGAGGACCACCGCCACGGAGAGCGGGGAUCAGAGGAAGAAGCCCCCAACUUUAUCGAGAUAAAAGAGUUGAUAAUUGAAGCAAAGAGAUUAUUAUGGCGAUGCGUGAGCUUGUCACGGGUGGAGCUGCUUGUGCCGUUCCCGGCUCUUCUUCUUCGUCCAAUCCUCUUGGUGCUCUAGCCAACGCUCUUGUUGGCUCUUCUUCUAAGAUAGAGGAAAAGAUAAAGGAGAUUCCCACAUCUAUACCCUCUAGUUCCGAGAGGCAUUUUUACCCAGAGGCCAAUGACCAUUUGGGAGCUCUUGAUCAGCCGUUUGUGGAUCCCAACUCCCAGGGCUCAGAAUUUCUUCGCGGUUUCCGCUCUGCAGCCCAGGGUGAACUUGCAGCCGCAUGGGAUGAGAUACAGGGUCCUCUAGGUAGGGAAAGUCAAAGCCACAUCCCUCAAUUGGACCAUGUAUAUGAUAGGGCAGCUAUUACUCAGCCUCAACAGCCAAUUUUGGAUGGGCCGCCUCAAAGAGUAUUGUCAAGCUUUUUGCACUCCUUUGUUGAUAGUAGCCGUGGAGGGGUUCCAUUUCGCCCUACUCCACUUCCAAUAUUAGGGUUGUCUGAAGGUGACAAACAAUGCAUACGCGACCGUAGCAGCAUAAUGGCCCGACACUUUUUUGCAGAUAAAAGUGAAGAUUUUAUAAAUGCACAGGUAAAUGCGCUUUUAUGUUCUUUAGAUAUUGAUGGAAAUGCUCAGGCUAAGGGGCCUCUGCCAGGGAGAUAUAGAGAGCUAGAGGAUUAUUGGAAUGAGUCUCAAGGUAUCCUGAAACCUGGUCCUCCUGCAGCAGAUGGAUGGGUAGCUGAAUUUAACCAACAGAGAAUGGAACAUGGUGAUGGUGAUGCUUGGGCUCACUCAUAUGAACAACAACAUGGUGCUAAUGGUUGGGCCUCGGAAUUUGAGAAGUCUCAGUUGACGUUGGUUGAUCAAAUGAGAGGUGCAAAUAUCUCAAACUUAGCUAUGGAGCAGACUCGCAUGCUUGCAAAUACGUUAGCUCAAAAUGAUGACCCUAAAUUUCAGAACUCAAAGUUUCUUCAGUUUGUGUCAAAGAUGAGUCGUGGUGAACUUAUUAUUGAUGAUAAUCAAGUCAAGGAGAGUGCAUUACCUGCAACUGGGGAUUGGGCCGCAGAAUACCAACAACAAUACAACAGGAGUCCUGCUUGGGCUGAUGAAUUUCUUUCUCAUGGUCCGGAUCAAUGGGCGAAUGAGUUUGCUAUGCAAGCUGAGCGACAUGGGCCGGUUGAUGAUCAGUGGGUCAAUGAAUUCUCUAAGUUGCAUGUCCAUGAUUGGGCAGAAGAAUUUGAGCAUCAGGUUGGUGAAGGGGUUUUGGGGGAGAAUUCUGCUGAUAAUUGGGCGAAUGCUUAUGAUGAGUACCUAAAUGAGCAAGUAGCUGCCAAGCAGCGGUCAGACACUUCAAGGGGAUUAUAUGUCUUCUCCGAUAUGAAUCCUUAUGUCGGUCACCCCAAUCCCUUAAAAGAAGGCCAAGAGCUGUUCCGCAAAGGUCUUCUGAGUGAAGCAGUGCUUGCAUUAGAGGCUGAAGUUUUGAAAAACCCUGACAAUGCUGAAGGUUGGAGGUUACUUGGAAUAGCACAUGCAGAGAAUGACGAUGAUCAACAGGCUAUAGCAGCCAUGAUGCGUGCGCAGGAGGCAGAUCCAACAAAUCUGGAAGUGCUUCUUUCCCUUGGCGUGAGUCACACAAAUGAACUUGAGCAAGCAGCUGCAUUGAAAUAUUUAUAUGGAUGGUUACGUCAUCACCCGAAGUAUGGGACACUUGCUCCUCCAGAGCUAUCUGAUUCUUUAUAUUAUGCCGAUGUUGCUAGAUUAUUCAAUGAAGCUGCUCAAAUGUCACCAGACGAUGCUGAUGUGCAUAUAGUACUAGGUGUCUUGUACAAUUUAUCAAGAGAGUAUGACAAAGCCAUUGAAUCUUUUCAGACAGCUUUGAAACUCAAGCCACAUGAUUACUCUCUUUGGAACAAGCUUGGUGCUACACAAGCAAACAGUGUUCAGAGUGGUGAUGCAAUAUUGGCUUAUCAAAAGGCAUUAGAUUUGAAACCUAAUUAUGUUCGUGCAUGGGCAAAUAUGGGCAUCAGUUAUGCUAACCAGGGCAUGUACGAGGAGUCCGUUCGUUACUAUGUCCGGGCACUUGCUAUGAAUCCAAAGGCAGACAAUGCAUGGCAAUAUUUGAGAAUUUCUUUAAGCUGUGCUUCUAGGAAUGACAUGCUCGAAGCCUGUGAUUCCCGAAAUCUUGAUGUUCUUCAGAAGGAGUUCCCCUUGUAAUAUUUAUAUGAUUGGAGCUGUGGAUGAAUAACGGGGACUAGUAUUGAGAUGAGGGGUGACAUAUGAAAGCAAGAGUUGGGCUGUUUGGACUAUAUACGGAUAUACCUGGGAAAAGAACGUUUUUUUGUUGAGCGUAGAUUGUAUAAUAAUUCCUUACAUGGGAAUGAUUCCAGUAAGAAGGAACGUACUUGGUAAAAGAAUUUGAGAAAGGAACACAAAUAUAAACGCAGGUGAGCCAUGUUAUUGUUGAUGAAUAAGGAAGUUAAUAAUGAAAUGGUGUAUAAACAUUUAAUUAGCA